UCAUUGUGCAACCCUCUGGAAGUUUUGUCCGACAGCCUGUGAAGGCAGCAUGGUUCAUGUGCGAGAGGCAGUUUGUCCUAUCAGCGCCAUUGUGUGUCAGAGUCUCUAACAGCCCGGACUCUUUACCUUUUUUCCGUGUCGCCUGGACUCCGAGUACACCCACAUGAUUCUCUUUCACACUCCGGCGGACCUGAAUCUGACUUAUGUUCAGUAAGGGUGCCAAGCGAAAACUGGACGAGGAUGAAGAGGUGCUGGAAGGCACGACGCUGGAGGCACCGGUGGCGGGAGCAGGAUUAGGCCUGUUUCACGAGGGCCUGUCCAAGGUGUCGUACACGCUUCAGCGGCAGACCAUCUUCAACAUCUCCCUAAUGAAGCUGUACAGCCAGCGGCCACUGAGCGAGCCCAGCCUGGAGCGCCGUGUCCUCAUCAAUAACAUGCUGCGGCGCAUCCAGGAUGAACUGAAACAGGAGGGCUCCUCGCGCCCGUUGCUUCUCCCGCCGUCGCCGCCGCCCGACGACCCGAUGGACGAGGGCUUCCGCGAGGCCCCGCCCUCGUUUGGAGUUUUGUCAGCUGCAGCGACCGCGCAAGUAUCUCCGCCUCUUUUGAUGCCGGUGAUCCUUCCUCCACCUUCACCCCACCCGUCGGUGCCUCCCACCUGUGAAGCUUCCCAGGCCUGCCCGCCCUCUCUUGAUGCCUGCCUCACUCCAGCUUCACUACUGGAGGAGGAUGGUCCUGAAUCAUCCUUCUGCUCUUCAUCUCCACCCACUCCUCCUCUGUCGCCUCCCCCGUCACAAAGUCAGGUGUCUUUGCCUGCCUCGUCCAACGACUCUUUGUCCCCCAUUGUCAGCGACACGGACUUACUUCCCCCAACAGCCAUAAGUAGGCCAGCAGCGGCCAACCCGAUGACAGUAACUACCUCCCUCGCUCCUCCCGCCCACGUAGCAGCCUUGUCCCUUGCACCCACGAGCCCCGCUAAAGACUGCAGAACCACAGGCGCCGAACUUGAAACUGGGGGCCGCAGUGCCGUCAUUCGACCAAUAGACACUCUGCUCACAGCGCCGCCUGUUAGCCCGGGAGACAUUUCCCCCUUUCAUUCCUCCCCUUCCACGCCCUCUGGGUUCCUAUCGGACUUGGCGCUGGACGACGUCCUUUUCGCCGACAUAGACACGUCCAUGUACGAUUUUGACCCCUGCGUUACAGCAGGGGCGGUCGGCGUGACAGCCGGCACUGGCCUAACCAAACUGUCUUCGGUGGUGAUGACGGACGACCUCCUCAAGUCGCUGGCGUCGCCAUACAGUGGCCCCGCCCCCCAGGUUUCAGCCAAUCAGCCUUUCAAAAUUGAUCUGACAGAGUUGGAUCACAUCAUGGAAGUGUUGGUGGGUUCGUGACCUAUUCAAAACUGUUCCAGAGACUGAAAUCAAUCACUUAGAUGGAUUUGGGAUUUUGUUUGCUGUUCCUAAGUUUGUGUUUUUUGAAGUUUGCUAUUGAAAAUGUUAGUUGUCAUGGUAACUAUGACAACUAUGAAUUACUACUACAACACAACACUGAGCAUGGACUGACUCCCUUUCCCAAACAGAAAUGAAAUGAGUGGCAAACAAACAGAUUAGUUUUCAUUUCUAUACGUGUGAGGACCUGUUAUUUGUUUUCCUAAAAGAACCUUAUCCAAUUCCUAAGGUUUAACUGUGACUUAAGCCAUAACGUGUAACAGGUGAGUCCUCAAGCGUGUAGAAAUACUUUACACUAAUUGUGUCUUUCAGCAGAUGAGUGCCUUUCACAAAUAUUACCACUUAUUCGAUUCCUGCUUUUAUUUUUCUCUCUUUCCUAAUAUUUUCUUUUUU